AUGCGUUUCGAGGAUGAUGAUGAGAUGAUGGAUUGCGGGGAUGGAUAUGAGGAAUCGUUUUUCACUGCUGUUGAAUGGCCUUCUCAACAAUCUACAUGGCUUUCGCAUUCCAAACCGUUGGUUCGCAGACCGGCUGUGUCUGGCUUCCCGGAUGUGGAAGAGAGUUCUUCAUGGUUUGGGGGGGAUAUUUAUACUAGGCCGCUUGUUCUCAGGCCUGCUAUAUCCGGUGUCUUGGAUGCUGAAAGGGCUUCUUCACAAGUCGUGUGGGGAAAUCGUACUAAGUCGCUUGUCCUCAGACCAGCAGUACCCUGUGUCCCGGCUACUGAAGAGGCUUCUCCACAGGCUAUACAGAAAACUCGUAUGAAGUCACUUUGUUAUAGGCCUGCGAUACGUAGAAAUCCCAAGCGACAUGAUAUUGCAGAAGAGGCGCGAAUCAGGCAACUACAAUCCACACUUCCUUAUCGACCUCGAGUGAAUGAUAAGUCUCACGAUUCAAGACGGAGAUAUAAAGAAGUUGUGAGGAAGUGGACGGAACGCAAGAGAGAACGCGAAGAAAUAGAAAGACGGAAACAAAGCGAAAGCCGAGGAAGUGAUCGAUUUGGAGAUUCACAUCAUGAGAUCGAUCCAGCUAUCAUCAAACAAGAAAUCCAGGACAUACCUGCAGGUAUUCAUCGCGCGGUUGGUAAUGAUGAACACGAAACGCUUCGAGCAUGUAUUCUGCCUAGUAAUGAGUGGCCCAGACUCAAGCCGAUUUCAGAAACCAAAAUUUCGACUGAUACACUGACCUCAGCCCUUGUGGCCGAAAUCAUGAAAGAAAGGCAACAUGUAGAUGAGGUAAAGGAUUUUGUGAACAAGAAGCAUAGCCUUGAAGAGUGGCAGAAUUGGGGUAAAAUCCUAGCGGAGCGAAUAGAUAAGGGGAGAAAAAACUGGGAAGAGUAUAAGGAGAUGAAGAAGAAAGAAGAGUCGAGGGACCAUGGAGGCCAAAAAUCAGACGAAUCAACGAGGGGAGAAUUGGCACGGGGGCCUCUUGUAAUUCAAUCGGUUUACUAUUGUCUAGAAAAGCUUGACAGGGCCCUUGAAGAAGCAGAGAAUCGUUUGCUCAAGACUCAUUGCGAAUCGAAGGAAGCUGAGAAGGAAAGUGCGGAGCAAAGGGCGGCCAAGCUCCGGAAAGAACAGUUUGUAAAGAGACGUGUGCGGGACUACGUUGACUCUGACUCUGAUAACCCGUCGGCUAUGGGGCCGGCAAAGCGCAAGCAAUUACCCCUCCGGCAGAAAAAUACACAAAACAGUCACGCGCGUUGA